AUGUUCGCCACCUUGAAGAACAAGAUACGCGAGGAGAUUGGCAGUGACGUGUCUACCGUCGUCAAAAAUGCCGGGAAUAUACGCGCCAUCAAUUCUAGACAUGUGUCUCAGACAGGUUCUACAAGUAGUAUUAGUGGUUCUCAGGUAUCAUUAGAUGGAUUCAGAGAAGAUACAGCAUCUCCUUUACCACAACUUUCACCAAAGAGAGAGAAUAGUUUUGAACUUAAACUGAAUGACGGAAUGCAAUUAUCAGCAAAAGACAUAAAAAGAUUUGAAAGUAGAGAAGAUGAAUGGAGAAAACGUCUGGCAAAGAAAGAGGCAGAAAUGUUAAAGCAGAUGGAGAAAAAAGAGGAAGAAUGGAAAAUCAAGCUUUUUGAGAAGGAAAAAGAAUGGAAAAAAGUUGUAGAAAAACAAGAAAAAGAAAAACGAAAAUUAGAAGAAGAGAUGAAGAAAAUAGAAAUUACAAAACAAUCUUUAGAACAUGCUCUUCAAGAUGCGGAAGAGUAUAAAAAAAAGCUAUACAGCUUUCAAGAAGAUGCAGAACAACUGGAAGGUUUUCAAACACAAGAAAUGGCAAAAGUUAAACAUCUCUUAUUAGCAAAAGAACAGGAAGUAGAAGAAAAAUCACAUCACUUAAAAGCUGCCACAGCAGAAAUAGAAACUCUGAAGACAGAAGUUUCUCGUCUUAGACGAUAUGAAGAUGAGUUAAACAAUGUACAAGAUGAAAUGGAGACGAUGCGCCAUUCCACGCAACGAGAAAGAGCGCAGCUUUCUUGCCAGCUGGCGCAGACGGAAGAAGAGGUACGUCACUUGAAAGACAAGAUGUUUAUGCUGGAACAGCGAAUCGCUUUGGAGACGAAUGAUCAAGUAACAGUCGAUGAGAGAAUAGCCGAUCUGAUGCGUGAGAGGACAUUGCUGGAGAGAAAACUGGAAGAGGCACAUCUCCAUCUUUCCGACAUAAAGACCAGUUGGUCAGGCAAGAUUUCCAGCCUUGAGACACAAGUUGGCAGGCUUAGCAGACAAGCCGGCGAAGAAGGGCUGGAACGUAGACGAGUCGAAGAAGAGAAGGGCAAACUCAAACAGAAAAUCAAGCAGCUGGAAGCUGAGAUAGAGAUGAACAAUGUUGUAAUAGCAACAAAAGACGCCAAGCUUUUACGCAUGACAGAAGACAUCGACGAGAUGGCCACGGAACUGAAAGAGCUCCGGGCUAGCGUCGAUGACGAGGUGGAAGAAUUUAAACGGCAAAUCGAGUCCUCUUCGAAACAAAUUACACAGCUGAAGUCGAAUCUUAAAAAUGUGACAAACAAGCUUACCGCAGCCACCAAUGAAAUAACGAAUCUUCGAGUGUCCUUGGAGAAAGAACAGUCAAGUAAUUCCUCUUUGCGCGCGGAACUAACACAUUUGCGAGAGAUAACCGAAUCCGAACGUGUAACAACAGCGGAGCUGCGAGUAUUCUUGGAGAAAGAGAAGGGUGAAAAGGAUGCCGCCCUGCUGAGGAAUGCCCAGGUGUCGCAAAACAUAGAAAUCGUAAAGCAAGAGAAUCGGCAGCAAGGGAUUGAAAAUAUUGAGCUGCAGAGUAGACUCGAGAAUCUGGAGGAUGAUUUAAUUAGUAAGACGAAAGAAGUAGAGCAAGCAACGAUCACAUUGAAAGAGUUUGAACAAAAAGUCGCGAAAUUGGAAGAAGCAGAUCGUAACAGAGAAAAGUUGGAAGGGAACGAGAGAAUACUUAAAAGCAGUUUGCUGGAUCUGCAAGAGCAAUUAAUUGAGAAGAAUAAGACAAUCAAAAUUCUGCAACAACGAUUAACUGACAUGAAAAAAACGCUUCAACGCGAACUGAAAAUCCCUUCUUCAUCGUUGGAUAGCGACGUUGAAGCUUCUGCCGCUAUUCUUAAUCCGAGUUCAACUAAAACUGUCACUGCCAGACAUAAUAAUUCCAGGGAGGAUGAUGUUAAUUUUAAAUAUCUCAAGCAUGUUCUCAUCAAGUUUCUCACCAGCAGAGAAUAUGAGGCUCUCCAUUUAACAAGGGCGGUGGCGACAUUGUUACACUUUUCGCCAGAGGAAGAACGUCUACUUCAAGAAACUCUAGAAUGGAAGAUGUCAUGGUUUGGUACUAGGCCUAACUUAGGAUUCGGACAAACUGCCAAGGCGAUUCCACCUAGUUGAUAAUUAGAAAAUGUUUCGUACUUCAAAGAAUUCAUGAGAGUAAAUGAAAAUUCUUGAUAAAGUUUAGUUGGUUUGUACACAAGGACGACUGAUUCAAGGGGCAUGAAAUAAUUAGCGAAAAUAUAUAAAAUUAUAAAUCUCUCGUGAUUUUACAAAUUUUAAUGCGCGUAUCUAACAUUUGCGUAAACAUAAAUCAAUUACCACAUGCUCAAAAAAUACACAUGGAACGUUAUUAGGAUAAAGGAUGAUUGUAGAUAUUGUGAGAACUGAUUCAUGUCGAAGAUUUAUCAUUAUGUGCUGUGAUGCUUAGUGCAAUUUGGGACGCUUAAAAGAAUUCCAGCAUGAUGUGUAUAGUAGUAUUCAACAUUUGUGCACGCUUGUGCCGUGAUACAUAUGCAAUUUUUAUAUACAAUUGUCAUAAUUUAUAAUUUGUUUUUGUCAGGUAAAAAAAUAUACGCGCGAUAUUCGCCACAGUAACGUUAGCUUGAUCAUUGUUUGCUGUUUGUUUAUUUUUACACACAAGUGUCACGGAGGAAGAAUACUUUCGUGCAACAAAUCAACAGCCAUAUCUUUGUAUUAAUAAAGCAUUCCCGAUUACAUAAA